CUUCUGUGUUCGGUGUUAUUGUGUUCUUCAGAUUUGAUGCCAUUUGUUAUGUGUUUAUUGUAACUUAAAAUUUGUUUGUAUAAAUUAAAAUACUAACGAGAAAAGAUAUUAUUAUUUUAAUGCAAGAUAAGGAUUAAUGCAUGCAAUUAAAAGCUUUGAACCCAAAAAAGGAAAAAACAGAAGAAUACCAAGAAAACCAGUUGUAUCCACGUCAAGAUCCUCAAUCUCCUUCGUCCGAUGCUCUACCACAAACGCCAAUUUCACCGUUAAAAACAAAACCUAUUCACUAAGUAGACACAUGGCUAAAUUACUGCAAUUGGUUAAUGAGAAUUAAUCAAUAUAUAAUAUAGAUGAAAUGAAAAAACAAGAAAAAUAAGACAUAGGACAACAAGAAGAAGAAGCUUUGUUAACGUCACGCCUUUUGAUCUCUUAGGUUUAUUUACUAAACUGUUUCUGAGACACUGUAAGAUUCUGAUCAUCUGCUCUAUUUCUCUGUUUUUGCCUCUGUUUUGAAUCUUGAUUCUAGAAUUUUAAAGUUCUCAGGGUUAUAUAUGUUUAGUAAUUUGACAUUGGUCAUUGUGUUUAGUCUCAAAUGUCUUACAUGAUCAGUGUUUGUUUAUUUUCUGAAAGUAUUUGAUGUUUUUGCAAUAUUAGAUAAUGUGGAUGGGUGUGGGAGAUUAUAGUGGCUCGCCAAAACCGAUAAGAAUUGUUGUGGUUGGUGAGAAGGGCAGUGGAAAAUCAAGCUUGAUUAUGGCUGCAGCAAGAAACACUUUCCAUCCAAACAUCCCUUCUCUGUUACCUUACACCAAUUUACCUUCUGAAUUCUUCCCUGACCGUAUACCCGCUACUGUUAUCGACACUUCUUCAAGACCGGAAGAUAAGGGAAAGGUACUUAAGGAAGUUAAGCAAGCAGAUGCAAUUGUUUUAACAUUUGCAUUCGAUAGACCGGAGACUCUUGACCGUUUGAGUAAACACUGGCUUCCUCUGUUUCGACAAUUAGAGGUGAGAGUUCCUAUCAUAGUGGCAGGUUAUGAAGUUGACAGCAAAGAGGCUUAUAAUCAAACCAGCAUUGAACAAAUAACGUCACCUAUGAUGCAACGAUAUCGAGAGGUCGAGACAUCUAUCCAGUGGUCUGCUCAGAGGCUAAAUCAGGCUACAAAGGUACUCUACUAUGCACAAAAAGCAGUUAUUCACCCAGUAGGACCUGUGUUUAAUCAAGAAACCAAUUCACUGAAGCCUCGCUGUAUCGCUGCCUUGAAACGAAUCUUUUUACUCUCUGAUCAUAACGUGGAUGGUAUUCUCAGUGACGCCGAGUUAAACGAGCUUCAGAAGAAAUGCUUCGAUACACCAUUGGUGCCUUGUGAAAUUAACCAAAUGAAAAAAGCUAUGCAAGUCAAGUUUCCACAAGGAGUUAAUGAAAGAGGACUCACAUUGGAUGGUUUCUUGUUUCUAAACACACGUUAUAUCGAAGAUGCAAGAAUCCAAACACUAUGGACUAUGCUUAGGAAAUUCGGGUACAAUAACGAUCUAAGACUUGGAGAUGAUCUGAUUCCUUAUUCAUCAUUCAAACGUGAGGCUGAUCAGAGUGUUGAGCUAACAAAUGUAGCUAUUGAAUUCUUAAGGGAAGUCUAUGAGUUUUUUGAUAAUGACUGUGACAAUAACUUGGAACCUCAUGAAACGGGAUACAUCUUUGAAACUGCACCUGAAAGUCCUUGGACUGAAGCUCCUUAUAAGGAUGUCACAGAGGAAACUAAGGAUGGAGGAUUAUCUCUGGAAGCUUUCCUCUCACUGUGGUCAUUGAUGACACUAAUAGAUCCAGCUAGGAGUCUUGAAUAUUUGAUGUACAUUAGAUUCCCAUAUGAUCCAUCUUCAGCGAUUCGCGUAACUAGGAAGCGAGUUCUAGAUCGCAAGGAGAAGAAAUCUGAAAGAAAAGUUGUUCAGUGUUUUGUGUUUGGCCCCAAGAAUGCUGGAAAGUCUGCAUUCCUCAAUCAUUUUAUCGGAAGGUCAUACGAUGAUGACAGCAACAACAACAAUGGAUCAACAGAUGAACGUUAUGCUGUAAAUAUGGUUAAAGAAUCUGGAGUGGUUGCAAAUACAGAUAAAACUCUGGUGCUGAAGGAAAUUCGAAUUCAAGAAGAUGGAUUCAUGUUAUCAAAUAAAGCAUUGGCUGCUUGUGAUGUAGCUAUCUUCAUCUAUGAUUCUUCUGAUGAGUCCUCGUGGAACAGAGCCAUUGACUUGCUUGCUGAGGUCGCAACCAUUGGCAAAGAUGCUGGUUAUGUGUUUCCCUGCUUAAUGGUUGCAGCAAAAACUGAUCUUGAUCCAUUCCCAAUGGCGAUUCAAGAAUCAACUAGAGUUACACAAGAUAUAGGGAUUGAUGCUCCAAUACCAAUCAGCUCUAAACUGGGAGAUUUCGGUAACUUAUUUCGAAAGAUCUUAACCGCGGCAGAGCAUCCUCAUUUGAAUAUUCCAGCGAUAGAGUCAAAGAAGAAAAGGAGUUGCAAGCUAAUCAACAGAUCUCUAAUGGCGGUUUCAAUCGGGACAGCGGCUUUGAUCGCCGGGCUGGCUUCAUUCCGUCUCUACACCGCAAGAAAGCUGAGUUAAUUCUUAGCUGAAGAAAGAUCCCAGACUUGCAAAUUUCAUUGUUGUUUGUGCAAAGAUGCCUUGUUCCAUAAGCGUGAAUUGCUAUAGAUUUUACUUCUUAGCUUUUUUUCUUUCUUUCUCUUCCUAUCAUUAUCAGAAGGACAGAUUAUUUGAAAAACUAAAUGAAAAAGAAGAUCAAAGAAUUGUUUUUUUUUCCUGUAAAAUUUACACAACUUUUUACCCCACAAAUAAACGAAUUGUAUAAAAAAAAAGCCAAAAAUACUAUACCUAAAAAUGCCAGUUUCAUCCACUAGAACAAGAAACAGAAUUUGAGCCAUAGC